AUGGAUAUUCCAGAACUCCCCCGUAGGUUAUACACAUCAGGGGAAGAACCAGAAGCCCACAAUAGCAUUUCGUAUCAUACGGAUAACAGCAAGUUGCAUACUGCUCUUAGGAAAGCUCUUACUGAUGACGAAUUUGAAGAGCUCAAGGAGUCGAGUUUGGGAGUUUUCAUCAAGUUCAAGGAGCAGGGAUUUGGUUGGGCUUCAAGGCUGGUUCACUACAUGCUCAGUUUCAAGCUGGACAUUAAGAAGAAGUAUGAGAUGUGGUCUCUCGUUGGUCCAGAACCUUUGAGGUUUUCACUGUUAGAGUUUGAAAACCUCACUGGUCUAAACUGCGAGUACAUCGAGGACCUUGAGACACCAAAAUGUGAUGUUACCCCAGAGAUGGUUUCUUUCUGGGGGAUGCUGGGAGUUCAUCUGGAAGCUGGGCCAACUACUGAUCAGAUAAUAGCAGCACUGCAGAGAUGCGGGGAUUGGUCCAGGGAAGAUCGCAAGCGGCUCGCGUACCUCUCCAUCUUCACUGGAUUCAUUGAAGGGAGAAAGUUUUCAACCGCUACACGAUCUACUCUGGCAAGGCUAGUGAUGGAUUUAGAACGGUUUGAGAAUUAUCCAUGGGGGAGAGUCGCAUUUAAGGUGCUGAUGGACUCUUUGUGGAACAAAGAAAUUGCUGGCUGUUACACCGUGGAUGGGUUUAUACAAGUUCUUCAGGUCUGGACGUACACAGCUAUGCCGGAAUUGGGUGCUAGUAUUGGUGGUCCCAGAGCAGACAGUCCGUCUCCACCGAUACUGGCUUACGAGGGCAGCAGAGGCCGCAGAUCAAUGAAAGCUGCUAUCUUGAGUCAGACCCGCGUGAUCAACUUUGUUGAGAAGGACAUUAGUGAAAUGUGGCCAAAAUGGGACUCUGAGGUUGAGGACCUGCCCGCGGAGAACAUCAUUAAAGUCAUGUAUGAGCGGAGACCGUGGAAGUGGACCAUGGAUUGCUGGGAAGUCACUGGUACUAAGGUCAAUACAAAACCUAAGGUUGUGACUCCAUCAAAGAAGGCCAAAGAGAUGGUUGUGUUGGAGGAGGAGGAGGAGGAGGAGGAAGACAAUCCAAGACCUCGGAAGAAAGCUCGUAAAGAGGCUCCUAAAGUGGCUAGUGAAGAGGCUAGAGAAGAGGCUAGAGGGGCUACCCCUCAAGAUAAACAGCCUACCCCUCUUGCCAAAGAAACCGGGGGUAGAAACAAACAGGCUACCCCUCAAGAUAAACAACCUACCCCUCUUGCCAAAGAAACCGGGGGUAGAAACAAACAGGCUACCCCUCAUGCCAAUGAAACCGUGGUUAGUAACCAGCCUCCUCCUCAUCAAACCAAACAGCAGCCUCCUCCUCCUCAAAAGAAACAGCAGCAGCCUCCUCCUCCUCAAAAGAAACAGCCUCCUCCUCAAAAGAAACAGCCUCCUCCUCAAAAGAAACAGCCUCCUCAAAUCAAAGAGAGAUGGUUGCCGGAGGAUACAGCAACCGAGGCGAACUCGGUAAAUAAGACCUCCAAAGAGAUUGUUGCUGUCACUUCCACCGAUCACCAACCGAGCCUCGCUUCCACCGAUCAACAACCGAGCCUCGCUUCCACCGAGCCAAGCGAUCCAGUUUCAGAACCGAGCCUGGUUGUAUUGGACAAGCGUGCAAAGAGUAAACGAGCGAAGAAACCUGCUCCCACUGUGAGAUCUCCUUAUACGGCAGAGAAAAAAAAAGAUAAAGUGGGAGCCUAUAAUCCAUUUCCGCCAGUAAACAAAGAUCGGUUGAAGGAACUCGCUGAUUGGUUGAAAACUGAUCCUCAUUAUUUAACUAAGACCGAGGACAAACCACGUACAUCACCAACAAGGUGGUACCACUUCCUCCGGACAGCCAGAGGAUGGCUGGAAGACUGCCAUAUAGAUGCUUGGAUUAAUGUGCUAAGGCAGAGGUAUCAGGAGAACCCACAAGCUUUCAGGAGCGAGCGAAUGUGCUUCCUGGAUCACAACUUUUCCCAGUCUUGGAGAGAGCAGUAUCACCUCUUCAAAACAUCGGAACCUGAUCACAAAGGUUUAGGAAGAGUUCUACCUGGUGGGGCGUCGUAUUUUUAUGACGGAUCAAUACCUUCAUUUUGCCAAUCAAACAAGAAGUGGGGGGAGGACAUUGAUGAUAUCUAUGCGCCAGUGAACUUGGACGACAAGCAUUGGGUUGCUAUUUGGAUAUCGAUCCCUAAGAGGCACAUAGUCGUCUGGGACAGCAUACCUUCAUCUAGUGUACCAGACGCAUGGGAUGCGAUAAUGGAGCCUUUUCUCCAGAUGGUCCCUUAUCUGCUUGUUGAGUGCGCAGCCACCGACGAAAUACGGGUCAAAUACGGGUUGGAGCCAUACACAUAUGAGAGACCGCUGAAAGGUGUACCCACGGCCAACAAUGGUGAUUGUGGCGUGUACACUGUAAAGUACAUUGAAUGUCAUGCUCUCGGUGUCUCCUUUGACCCUAAAGACUUUGCUAGGUGCAACGCAAAGAAAAUGAGGGAUAAUAUGGCGGUGGAUAUAUGGAAGGAGCUUGUUGAUCAGCAUCUAAAAGAAAAUGUGGAUGGUGAUAGGUUCGUGGGCUUGUAUGAUUAGAUUAGUGUUUGUAUUUGAACUUGUCUUUGUAUUUGAAUAUAUAAGUUGAACUUGUAAAUAUAUAAGUUGUAAAUAUAUAAGUUGUCUGGAAGAUUAGUGUUUGUAUUUGAACUUGUAAAUAUAUAAGUUGUCUGGAAGAAAUAAGUCGUCUGGAAGGUUUUCCAACUGGACGACUUACAAAUAAGUCGUCUAGAAGGUUUGGACGACUUAUUAUAAGUCGUCUGG